GGCGACGGACUCGUCCCUCGAAAGUGUGCCAGGAUCGCGCGGCGCGCGCCUUGAAGCAAGCAGUCGUAGCGUACCAACGUUGUAGUCGGAGCUGCCGUCGACACAGCCGGUUGGGCGCUGGGUCAGCCGAGUCGACGUGCUUCGAACCUCCUCCGAUUUUCCCCGACUCUGUUAAGUGCGUAACUCCUUUCCACGCGCAGUUUCGCGUUCGUAAACAGACGCUCUCGCCGCCAGUUUCGGUUUUCUUCGAAACUUUUCCAAGAAUUGCGGGCGCGUCUGAGCGUCCAACGCCUGCCUUAUCUCGAGCUUCGCGUUUCUGACCCACCGUCGUUGCCACCGAGUGCUUUCAACAAGUGUGCAGUCUUUAUUUUUUUUUCUCGGUGAAACGAGAGAGAAUAUUGGACGGUGGUGGUUUCGUCCGUGUGGUUUAGAGUUCGUCGACGGCUUCUGAUUUCACCGCCGUAGUUGGGCCUGCUGUAUCUCGUUCCGCAGCGAAAGACCGGCGUCGUCGAAUGUCGAUGACGCUUCCAGGGUAUCCACCUUGAGAGGAGAAAAAAGAAAAAGAAAACAAAACACGCAGAGUUCCCGUGUCGACAGCGGGAACGCGCGGUACCCGGCAAGCGUGGAGUAGCCGGCGGCUGUUAUGCUGGCGAACUCGACACUGUUAUGGCUUCGCAAUGCGGUGACGUUGAUACUGCUGUUGGUGUUGCUGCCGGAAUUGCCGUGGAUUAACACCGCCGUCCUGGCAGAAACGACGGGGGAGUCCGUGCCAGUGAUCAAGGGCGAGCGCGGCCAGGACACGUGGCUGCCGUGCGACGUGGACUCGGAGCACGACGACAGCCCGGCCAAGGUGCUGUGGUACGCGCCGGCGACGGCCGCCAACUCCAGCGGCGGCGAGCGCACGCCCUUCUACAUGGUGGAAGACACGCAGCGCCGGGGCAUCUGGAACGGACAGCACGCCAUCGGGGUCCACUGGGCCGGCCGGGCCUCGUUUUCGGUGUCCCGGUCGCCGGCGGCGCUGCGGCUCUCGCGCCUCGAGCUCUCCGACUCCGGCGCCUACCUGUGCACGGUGGCCUUCCACGGCGGGGCGCAGCGAAACUCGACCGUGCGACUCAUCGUGGGCGUGGCCCCCAGUGUGCCUGUCAUCAUGACGUCAGCAGGCACUACGGUUGAAGGCACCAUAGGACCGUUCAUGGUUGGCGAGUCGCUAAGUCUCGUCUGCUUGGUGGAGAAAGGCGUUCCAGUGCCGACGGUGACAUGGCGUCGCGAUGGUGCCGAGUUGAUGCGCGAGACGGACCCGGGCUCACGCGACCUCGACGGCGUGGUGCGCAGCUCCAUCGUCAUCGACACCUUGACGCGCGAUGACCUGCUCAUGGAGCUGAGUUGCGAGACCAGCAACAUCAUUGGCGGACCCUUCGAGGCGUCCGUGCUCGUCGACCUGACGCUGCCGCCUGUAUCGGUGAAGAUACUCGGUACGCAUCGGACCUUUGAAGUCGACGUCUCUGCAGAGUUUCGCUGCGAAGUGGUCGGGUCGAGGCCCCCGCCAAAGGUGUCCUGGUGGCUGGACGAGCAGCGCUUGGAGCCGUUCCUGACCGAGGAGAAGGCCAACUCGACGACCACGUCGCUGCUGCUCGUGCUGACGGCUCGCGCUGACAAGGCGACGCUCACCUGCCGUGCGCUCAACACUCGGCUGCUCGGAGAGGUGUGGGAGGACACGCUGCUGCUCAACGUCUACCACGCGCCCCACGCGAGCCUGUCGCUGGGCCAAGGGCUGCACCUGGAGCGCAUCCACGAAGGACAGGACGUGUACCUGGAGUGCGCCAUCCGGGCCAACCCGUGGAUCAGCGACGUCCUCUGGACGCUAGACGACGAGCCGCUCGAAGACGUCGCCUUCACCGCCGCCAUGCACAACGGCUCCUCUUCGGCGUCGGGUCCCGUGUUGGCGGCGUCCGGAGGCCCCGGGUUCACCCCACUGCCGCAGACGCACGUCCUCCUGCAGGAGCAGUACCUGGUGCUGCGCAACGUCACGUCCAAGUUCACCGGCAGCUACGCCUGUCACGUCCGCAGCGCGAGGGGCGAAGCUGUCAGCAACUCACUCGACCUCCGCGUCCAGUAUGCACCACGCUGCAGGAAAGGGUUGCAGGAAGUGUUCCGGUACUCGACGUCUCGUGAGGAGCUCUUCGUGCCGUGCGAAAUGGACGCCGACCCGGAAGACCUCACGUUCCACUGGGUUAUGAAGAACAACUCGGAGGUUCGAGACCUUUUGACAUUCACGACCAACGGUAGCAGGAGCGUGGCUCGGUACAAGCCGGCCGUUGCCACAGAGUUCGUGUCGCUCGUCUGCUGGGCCAACAAUUCGGUGGGAUCGCAGAAGCAACCCUGCACCUACUUCGUCGAGCCUCACGGAGCCCCGAAGGCGCUGUCCGGCUGCGCGGUGGUGAACCAGGCGAUGACGUGGUUCUUCGUGCGCUGCUCCGAGGACGAUUCCGAGGACCGGCCGGUGGGCCAGGAGUGGUACCUGCUCGAGGUGUUCCACGCGGACACGGGAGCCCCACUUGGCAACGUGAGCGCCCGGGGUCGGCCCGUGUUCCACGUGGAUGACAUCCCGCCGGCCACCGAGUGCCUGGCCCUCGCGUACGCAGUGAACGAACGUGGAGGGCGCUCCGAGCCGGCGCGCGUCGUCGUGCAGGCGAUACCGCCGCCAUCCAAGCUACUCACCAGCGGAGCCGUGCGGUCCCAGGCGAAGAGCACGACGCAUCUGCUGGCGUUCACCGUCCUCCUGCUGCUCAUACGGCAGGCCUCGCUAGCGUGCACGUCUGGCUAUUCAUCCAAAUGCCACUACAGCUGCCUGGACAUCAGGUGAUCGACGUCGGCCCGGAUAAGCGGCAUCGCGAAAAGGAGCUCUAGCGAAAAGGAACCAAGCCAAGGAACAAAGAAGGAGCGAGCGCAUCGCCCAUCUCGACGACACCGCCAGCCACCGUUCGACGUGUAUCAAGCGUCGUUCGCUGAGCCCGUAUAGAGAUAGUAUAGAGAAACGCUGACACACACUGCGAUGGUGACCCGUGCCUAAAGGAAGCCCGUCACCAGAGCGCUCGACGCCGUCUCAGAACUGUGUUGUGUGCCUUAUGCGUGGUUCGGAGGAUGCCGCGCUGUGAUUGGUGCGGGCCUGGCGGUGUGUGUGUGUUUGUGUGUGUGCGCGCUGUUCAGUCAUACCGGUUUUUAUUGUUCCUCUUUAUUUUUUCUAUUUCUCUAUAUUGCGAGGGCCCAGGACGAGUGGACGGACGUCGCACCGUGGUGUUUGCAGUGGUAAUUGGAUGCGAUGGGCAGUGAAGCGUUGUGAAACUGAGGGCACCACCUCAGACUGCGGUGAGGUGGCGCCCGAGUUUCUUGGCAGAAAUGAUAAUUGACAUUGAAUGAGCUCUGUGUAGCCUUCGGCAUAUUUUUCGCCGUAGAAGGUCUGCCGGUUGUUUCCGAGAAAAUUUUCGCGAGCUCUGAUCGGACUUGCUGGCCAGCUAUAGUGAGGAACACAGCGGAAUCGCUGACAGUUCUGUCAUUCGGGCGCUGCGAGCCGGUCUGCACUUUGUACGAACCCUCGGAGAUCUAAUCACGUGUUCUAAAUCUUGAGUAAUAAUCAACUGUUGAGCUCUAACACAUCAUGUGCGAUUAGAGCAAAAGUUUUCUGCGCCAUCAUACCGUGAUUGUAAUUAUAAUAGUGACUGAAUUUUAAUGGAGCCGAAGUUACUCAAGGUAUAUAACGCUCUAAAUGUAAGGUGUAUGAAUAAUGUUGCCUAACCAAACUGUGAUUAGAAGAUCUCUCUAAUAACGAUGACGACAUAUGACUGUUCCCAUCUGAAGUAGAGUUGCAAGCGCAUGGGGAAUUCGCCUUAGUCAUGCAAGGCAUUUUUAUCGAAAACCAUGUCGUGACAUCUUCCUGAUACUGACGUGAUAUGUACAAAUCGGGUGCUAUCGUGUUGCCUCCGUUUGUCACAGCACUUGGGCAUGUUGUAAACAUGCUUUAAAAGCCGAACACUCAGACAACGGACCAGCUGACUGAAGCGACAGGAUGCACCGAAGAAAAAAUGAUUAGGCUAGGUGGCCGACUAUCAAAAAAGAGAGAAGGAGAGAGCAGUUUAGAUAUAACAGUGCAAAUAGUUUUCUCAACCACUAAAUCACUGAGCCAGCAACCUAUAGCAGAUGGCGGCUGAAAUGGUAGUGCGUUUGUUCAGACGUUACCUUGUCUCCUUUGACCCCCUGCCUUGAUCCUCGCACUGACGAAUAAGCGUGUUGACUCAACAGUGCCAGAAGAUAAAAGUUAAAAUGUAUGUGUUUCCAUUCUCAUUUGUACUCUUAUGCGAACCCUACAGAAAUAUCUACGCGAGUCCCACUGCUUCAUUUCAUUUUAUUAUUUAUAACCGAGUGAGGACCGCCUCGCAGCGUACGUCUCAUCCGUGUAGAGAAACAGCGUCAAGCGUCCGAUAGCAUCGUCUCUCUGGGGUGAUUGAAAGUGUCUUAUACACUAGAGUGGACGUGUGCUGAAUGUGUGUGAUAUCAGAGUCCUGUAGUGACGUGGAACAAUCUGCGUACGCUCAAGAGUGCUGUGCGUUGCUACUGCACGUGUGUUUCAGCGCGAACGAAUAAAAAAAAAAGACAAAGACAGACCAAAAGCAUGCACAUACCAUACAGGCAAGUGCUUGGGCGCCAUCGCGCCCUUCGCGACUGUUAUCAUCCCUUCGGCGGCUUUUUCUUUUAGUGUUGUUUUAUAUUUGUUGCAUUGAAGAGAUUAACGUCCGUACGCGUACGUAAGCUGUUCCAUUCUUUAGAGCGUCCACCCCUUCCCACCUGACAGCAAGGUAUAACAGCGUGGCCAAUCGUCUCGUAUUUCCCUCCUCAUUCGUCUUUCCUUACCGUUGAUUCAUGUCACAGCUAGAUGCUCUGUUGCGGGUUGAAAUAUCCCUAUCUAGUCAAUCCACAGCGGUUCGAAAGAACCGCGCAUGGUUUAGUCACCGACGCAAGCCAACAGUGCGUGUUGUUGUCACACUUGCGCACCGGCUACGAGUCAUGCCCGCCGACUUUGUUACUGCAUAAUAUGGUAAUUUAGCCAGCUGUUGAUGGUGCGACGCACACACGAACAAAACCGGAAGCUGUACGAUAAAUGAAACUUGCAUAAGGUUGCGUGCUGUGCUCGGAAAGAAAGACGAAAGCUUCCAUCACAGAUCGAUAGUCUAGUCAAUAAAACUAAUCUAUGCGCAUCCACAAAACGAGGCUCCUUGGGAAAUCGGUCGCACCGCGAAUAACUAAGCGGCGACGUGAAUAUCGAAGAAGCAUAUGUUUUUUUCUGUUGCUGAUGCGUUGAUAACGAAUGAUCGGCUGUUUCGUGAAUCACAAAGGGGGGAAAGCAAAGAAGCAAUGUUUCCCGUCGAGCUUCUUCGGUGCUUGCUAUAUAUAUUUUUUAAGCUGCCUGACAAAUCCGCUGUGUGCAGCGCUUUCCCAGAGUGCGCGGCGUGUGAUGAACUUGUGACCGCAGUUCGUUUAAUAUGUUCACAGUGGCACGACUUCCUAUAUACUAACACCAUUUUUCGCACGUUCGAUGUUCGGCGCGAAGCCGAGGUUUAAAGCACCGCUGCUGGCGAUGAUGAUGGAGAGGCUGAGUAACAACGGAGGCAUCUCCCGCUUAACGUAUGAAAAAUAGUUCUAGUUUAAUUAUUGAACAAAUAACGCUGGCGCACCAUCGCUAAUGACCAAAACUGCUCGGCGUUCAGUUUGUGCCACAUACAUAAAGUGUGACCCUUGAUGCAAUCACAAGCUCAUAGCGUAGAUUAUGCUGUUAUGAUUCUGCAUUUGACAUGUACAGUGUUCUCGUUUUCGAGAGAAUAAGAACGUUGUUUCGUACAAGCUUUGUCAUUGCCUGUUGAAAGGGUAUAAGAGAUUAGUUUCUUGCAUUUUGAUGUGCUACGGGUGUCGUGCAUGCUAGCCGCGAGCAUACUGGCAUCCAUUCAGUCUGUCGACUGAAGAUAUUCACUUACUGCGAUUUGUAAAAGCGUGAAAACUACCUCUCGGGAAAGAAGUUAACGGACGCCGGUACGUAUUCAGAGUUUCUUUUCGCAUUUAACCAUCACCGGCGGCAUCAAAACGUCUUCGAGUGUGUUGGAAUGACGUCAUUACCAUCGGGCUCGCGGAGUGCGCACUCCGUGUUGCUCAGCGUAGCUAAACUGUGAUUGCUUGCCCUGCGCGUACGGAUGCUGGCAUGCGAUCGAGCGUCACUUAUUCAAGCAGUACCGAAGACUCCGCGUCAACGAAUAAAAAUAAAACAAGAAAAAAAAAAGAAAAAAACGUGCGACUGACGGUUUACCGUGAAGUCUCGUGGGGGACAUUUUGUGCUGCGGUUCUGUUGCCCCGCGUGAACCUGUCAAGAAUUGUUGGCGUGAAGGUGUUGUUUGAAUGCCUGCGCGAAUACAUGAAUGUGCACAAUGGAUUUUAUGGACGCACGACAUUGCUGUUUACCCAACCAAUCUCAGAACACCGCGUGUGUGUAUCUUACAGAAAAGAAAAAAAACAAAGAUGAAUCUAAUAAAAAAUAACAGCGCAUUUCAGCCUUCUGAUUGAAAA